GGAGGACAACCAAAUCAGUGUUAUCGAGAGAGGAGCCUUCCAAGACCUCAGGCUGCUGGAGAGACUUCGCCUGAACAGAAACAAACUCCAGUUUCUCCCAGAGCUUCUCUUCCAGUCCAACCCCAAACUAGGACGACUAGACCUCAGCGAGAACCAGAUCCAGGCGGUUCCGAGGAAAGCUUUCAGAGGAAUCACCAGCGUCAAGAACCUGCAACUGGACAGCAACCACAUCAGCUGCAUCGAAGAUGGAGCUUUCCGAGCGCUGCGCGAUCUGGAGAUUCUCACCCUCAACAACAACAACAUCACCCUCAUCCCCCUGUCCAGCUUCAACCACAUGCCCAAGCUGCGGACACUCCGUCUGCACUCCAACAACCUGCACUGUGACUGUCACCUGUCCUGGCUCUCUGAUUGGCUCCGAGCCCGGCGGGGCCUGGCUCCCUUCACCCAGUGCAUGGCCCCCGCCCACAUGAGGGGCCUCAACGUCCCGGAUGUGCAGAAGAAGGAUUUUGUCUGUAAUGGUCCGGCACAGACAGAGUCGAGGACUUGUGUUCCUCAGGUGGCCGUGUGUCCAGCCAGCUGCAGCUGUAACAACAACAUCGUGGACUGUCGUCGUAAAGGCCUCACUGAAAUACCAGGAAACCUCCCUGAAGGCAUUGUGGAGAUUCGUUUGGAGCAGAACUUGAUUAAAAGUGUCCCAGCAGGAGCAUUUUCUGCCUACAAGAAGCUCAAGAGGAUUGACUUGAGUAAGAACCAGAUUUCUGACAUUGCUGCCGAUGCUUUCAACGGUCUUCGCUCACUCACCUCACUGGUGCUGUACGGCAAUAAGAUCACCGAACUGCCCAAGGGAUUGUUUGAUGGACUGGUCUCCCUGCAGCUGCUAUUGCUGAAUGCCAACAAAAUUAACUGUCUGAGAGUCAACACCUUCCAAGACCUGCAGAACCUCAACCUGCUGUCGCUGUACGACAACAAGCUGCAGACCAUCAGCAAAGGACUGUUCGCACCUCUGCGCUCCAUCAAGACUCUUCAUCUGGCCCAGAAUCCCUUUAUGUGUGACUGUCACCUGAAGUGGCUGGCAGACUACCUGUUUGACAACCCAAUUGAGACCAGUGGAGCACGCUGCAGCCAUCCCAGAAGGCUGGCUAACAAGCGAAUCAGCCAGGUCAAAGGCAAGAAGUUCAGGUGCACAGGUCAGGAGGACUAUCGCAGCCGUCUGAGUGGGGAGUGUUUCCAGGAUCUGGUAUGUCCGGAGAAAUGUCGCUGUGAAGGGACGGUGGUCGACUGCUCCAAUCUCAAACUGACCCGAAUACCUCCACAUAUCCCUGAACACACCACCGACCUGCGGCUAAACGACAAUGAGAUUGCCAUCCUGGAGGCUACUGGGACUUUUAAGAAGCUCCCCAACUUGAAGAAGAUCAACCUGAGCAACAACAAGCUGAGGGACAUCCGUGAAGGUGUGUUUGAUGGAGCGGGUGGAGUUUUGGAGCUGCUGCUGACGGGGAACAAGCUGACCGGGCUGCAGGGACGCAUGUUCAGAGGCCUCGGUGGCCUGAAAACCCUCAUGCUGCGGAGCAACCAGAUCAGCUGCAUUGACAACAGCACAUUCACGGGUCUGAGCUCGGUGCGUCUGCUGUCGCUGUACGACAACAGGAUCUCCAGUAUCGCCCCAGGAGCCUUCUCCACCCUGCACUCCCUGUCCACCAUCAACCUUCUGUCCAACCCGUAUAUGUGUGACUGUCACUUGGCCUGGCUGGGUCAGUGGCUGAAGAAGACCAGGGUGGUCAGUGGGAACCCUCGCUGCCAGAAGCCAGCCUUCCUCAAGGAGAUUCCCAUCCAGGACGUGGCCACCCCAGACUUCACUUGUGAUG